GGCGAGGUCAAGCUGCGUAAGACGACACAACUCGACUCACUUUGACAUUUUCAGUCCAGCAGUGUUUGUCUAUCCUUGCACAGAUGGCAUUCACUCACGGCGUCUUCUUCCUCCUGUGUGGCAUCACUGGAGUGUUUGGUAUCUGUCCUUCUGGCUGGGAUCAGUAUGAGAGUAAAUGUUACAAAUACGAAGCCGGUCCCGAUACCUUUGACGCUGCAGAGCUAGAAUGCACCGAUUUAGUGGAUGAAGCCCAUCUGGUGUCUAUCAGCAAUGCAUCGGAAUAUACGUUCGUUCUUUCUUUGAUCAGUGCUGCGGUUGGUAAGAUGUCCACAAACACCUGGAUAGGACUCCUUGACCCCACCACGGUCGGACCUUACGUUUGGACUGACCAGACAAACUUUGCCUUUAUGAAUUUUGCUCCCGGACAGCCUAGCGGUCCAAGAGGAACAGAAGACUGCGUGUACAUUGAGGGAUCUAAUGACCUGUGGUACGAUAACGACUGCACUGUCCAGAACUCCUUUGUUUGCGAGGGUCCGCUGCUCUGACCAUAGUUUUGCAUGAGCAAACUAUGACUCUGCAUGCCGUAUAUUGGUCACCAAGCUUUUUAAUCUGUCCCACAGAACGUUUCCAAGUUCUCUUUGACCAACUUUGACAUUCAAUGCUGUUGAAUAAAUGCUUUCUGAAUCUCGAGGGUGGCUUGUAGGGAGUGCAGACUAGUGCUUGUCAGUGUGGAGGACAGACAAACAAAAAUCCUACAACAAAGUCCUGUAGAAAAUGUACAUUUUAUUGGACAUUUGUGCGUGUGUUUUCUCGUUUGGCUGUGUUUGUCGCAUUUCUGCUGUUUGUGCUGAUUGGCAAAAAUUCAAGGAUGUUUACAUACUUGUUCUUUACACUUUGUGUCCUAUUCAAUAAAGACCUAUGACAUUA